CGGCGCCCGGCAGGAGGGGGAGCCUGGCUGCGGGCGGGGACCGGGGGGCGGGCCGCGCCGCGCGGAGAAAAGCGCCGGCCGGAGGGCCCGCGGCCGGGCCGCCGGGGUGAGCGUGCCGAGGCGGCUGCGGCGCAGGCUUCCAGCCCCCACCAUGCCGUGGCCCCUGCUGCUGCUGCUGGCCGUGAGUGGGGCCCAGACAACCCGGCCAUGCUUCCCCGGGUGCCAAUGCGAGGUGGAGACCUUCGGCCUUUUCGACAGCUUCAGCCUGACUCGGGUGGAUUGUAGCGGCCUGGGCCCCCACAUCAUGCCAGUGUCCAUCCCUCUGGACACAGCCCACUUGGACCUGUCCUCCAACCGGCUGGAGAUGGUGAAUGAGUCUGUGUUGGCGGGGCCGGGCUACACGACGCUGGCUGGCCUGGAUCUCAGCCACAACCUGCUCACCAGCAUCUCACCCACUGCCUUCUCCCGCCUUCGCUACCUGGAGUCGCUUGACCUCAGCCACAAUGGCCUGACAGCCCUACCAGCCGAGAGCUUCACCAACUCACCCCUGAGCGACGUGAACCUUAGCCACAACCAGCUCCAGGAGGUCUCAGUGUCCGCCUUCACGACCCACAGUCAGGGCCGAGCACUACACGUGGACCUCUCCCACAACCUCAUUCACCGCCUCGUGCCCCACCCCGCGAGGGCCGGCCUGCCUGCGCCCACCAUUCAGAGCCUGAACCUGGCCUGGAACCGGCUCCAUGCCGUGCCCAACCUCCGAGACUUGCCCCUGCGCUACCUGAGCCUAGAUGGGAACCCUCUAGCUGUCAUUGGUCCAGGUGCCUUCGCGGGGCUGGCAGGCCUUACACACCUGUCUCUGGCCAGCCUGCAGAGGCUCCCUGAGCUGGCACCCUAUGGCUUUCGCGAGCUACCGGGCCUGCAGGUCCUGGACCUGUCGGGCAACCCCAAGCUCAACUGGGCAGGAGCUGAGGUGUUUUCAGGCCUGAGCUCCCUGCAGGAGCUGGACCUUUCGGGCACCAACCUGGUGCCCCUGCCUGAGGCGCUGCUCCUCCACCUCCCGGCACUGCAGAGCGUCAGCGUGGGCCAGGAUGUGCAGUGCCGGCGCCUGGUGCGGGAGGGCGCCUACCCCCGGAGGCCUGGCUCCAGCCCCAAGGUGGCCCUGCACUGCGUAGACACCCGGGAAUCUGCUGCCAGGGGCCCCAACAUCUUGUGACAAAUGGUGUGGCCCAGGGCCACAUAACAGACUGCUGUCCUGGGCUGCCUCAGGUCCCGAGUAACUUAUGUUCGAUGUGCCAACACCAGUGGGGAGCUCGCAGGCCUAUGUGGCAGUGUCACCGCAGGAGUUGUGGGCCUAGGAGAGGCUUUGGACCUGGGAGCCACACCUAGGAGCAAAGUCUCACCCAUUUGUCUACGUUGCUUCCCCAAACCAUGAGCAGAGGGACUUCGAUGCCAAACCAGACUCGGGUCCCCUCCUGCUUCCUUUCCCCACUUAUCCUCCAAGUGCCUUCCCUCAUGCCUGGGCCAGCCUGACCCGCAAUGGGCAGAGGGUGGGUGGGACCCCCUGCUGCAGGGCAGAGUUCAGGUCCACUGGGCUGAGUGUCCCCUUGGGCCUAUGGCCCAGUCACUCAGGGGCAUGAGUUUCUUUUCUAACAUAGCCCUUUCUUUGCCAUGAGGCCAUGAGGCCCGCUUUAUCGUUUUCUAUUUCCCUAGAACCUUAAUGAUAGAAGGAAUUGCAAAGAAUCAAGUCCACCCUUCUCAUGUGACAGAUGGGGAAACUGAGGCCUUGAGAAGGAAAAAGGCUAAUCUGAGUUACUACGGGCAGUAGCAUGACUGGAGCACAGCCUCCUGCCUCCCAGCCCGGACCCAAUGCACUUUCUUGUCUCCUCUAAUAAGCCCCACCCUCCCCACCUGGGCUCCCCUUGCUGCCCUUGCCUGUUCCCCAUUAGCACACGAGUAGCAGCAGCAGGACAGGCAAGAGACUCACAAGUGGGACUCUGGGCCUGGUGACCAGCUGUGCGGCAUGGGCUAAGUCACUCUGCCCUUCAGAGCCUCUGGAAGCUUAGGGCAUGUUGGUUCCAGCCUAGCCAGUUUCUCACCCUGGGUUGGGGUCCCCCAGCAUCCAGACUGGAAACCUACCCAUUUUCCCCUGAGCAUCCUCUAGAUGCUGCCCCAAGGAGUUGCUGCAGUUCUGGAGCCUCAUCUGGCCGGGAGCUCCAGGGGGCCUCCUGGAUUCAGUCCCCACUGGCCCUGAGCAUGACAGCCCUUCUUACCCUCACAGGAAUGCCAUGAAAGGUGACAAGGUCUGCCCGACCCAUGUCUAUGCUCUACCCCCAGGGUAGCAUCUCAGCUUCCGAACCCUGGGCUGUUUCCUUAGUCUUCAUUUUAUAAAAGUUGUUGCCUUUUUAAUGGAGUGUCACUUUCAACCCGCCUCCCCUACCCCUGCUGGCCGGGGAUGGAGACAUGUCAUUUGUAAAAGCAGAAAAAGAUUGCAUUUGUUCACUUUUGUAAUAUUGUCCUGGGCCUGUGUUGGGGUGUUGGGGGAAGCUGGGCAUCAGUGGCCACGUGGGCAUCAGGGGCUGGCCCCACAGAGACCCCACAGGGCAGUGAGCUCUGUCUUCCCCCACCUGCCUAGCCCAUCAUCUAUCUGACUGGUCCUUGAUUUAAUAAACACUAUAAAAAGUUCUUUGCUUUACUCA